GACACUAAAUUAAAAAAGAAACAACAGUUAGUCAACAUAAAAAAUGAGUUUAAUUUAGUGACAGUGGAGAGUAUUACCACAGAACUUGUAACUUACAGAAUCCUCUCUGUUAUCUAACCUGAGAUCUACCGAUAACUGCAUUGCAAUAUUCCAUUUUCACAUAAUCAUUCCCUCCCAAUUUCCCCGCGAAAAUUAACGCGGAAGUUGAUCACCGUAACCGCUACAUCUUCGAUUACUGCAAAUUUUUGAAUCAUCAUUUAAAUCAUGUGGAGUACCAUUGCCAAUUUGAAAGAGAACUUGAACAAAAUCGCACUCGAUGUUCACGAAGAAGAUGAAAUGUUUCGCAUCUACGGCGAGGAAUCUUCCGUUUCAGAUCGCCGGAAUUCUAACGGAUUUGUCCGUUCAUCGGGAAUUAGGUCGCCACUCGCUAAUGGUGUCGAUCAUGUUUCUAUUUCUGAGACAGAACAAUACAAAGCUGAAAUCAAGAGACUUCAAGCCUCCGAGGCAGAAAUUAAAGCAUUGUCAGUUAAUUAUGCAGCUCUAUUAAAAGAAAAAGAGGAUCAGAUUGUUAAAUUAAAUAAAGAAAAUGGUUCACUAAAGCAGAAUUUGGUGGCUACAAAUACUGCUUUGAGUGCUUCCAGAGUUGAAGGUUCUAGAGCAUCUACAAGUGGAACUUCUUCAAUGAAGGAGCUUGCAGAUUCAGUUGAUGGAAAAAAUAGGGCGUCAAAAGCUGUGCAAUAUUCCUCAGAGAUAAGAAAGAUGAAGUUAGAACUAAAGCAAGAACGUGAUCAAUUGGCAAAUAUUCAACUAAAAUUUCAUGAGGUACAGGAAUUGAACAACUCUUUCCGGGAGGAGCUUAAAAUGCUAAAGUUGGAAAGAGAAAAAACAUCAAAGGAGAUGAGCAAAAUACAAAAUGAAUUGAAUGAGAAAGCUUCAGAAAUAAAGCAUCUGCAGUUAGACUUGACUAGACGGCAAAAUGAAGAAGCAGGGGAGGCUUUCAAUAGCUUGAAAAGACUGAUCGAAACCUUGGAGAAGGAAAACACCGCUCUUAAGAUGGAGAAGAAUGAAAUUGAGGCUGCUCUUGAAAAAAGCAAGAAUUCUUUCACUGAAAAAAUGUUGUCUGAUGCUUUGCAUGUUCAGAAAAAGGAAUCGAGUAGCAUCAGUGAUAUGCCAGAUCGUUCUGAAAUAUUUCCUGGAAAGGAAGAAAUGGAAAGAUCCUUGCAAAAGCUAAGUGAAGAUUUGAAGCAAACACAGCGAGACAGAGAGAAAUCAUUACAAGAAUUGAGCCGCCUUAAACAGCAUUUGCUGGAAAAGGCAUCCGAGGAAGCAGAAAAAAUGGACGAGGAUAGUAAAAUCAUUGAAGAGCUUCGUGAGAGCAAUAACUAUUUAAGGGCUCAGAUAUCACAUCUUGAGAGAACUCUGAAGCAAGGAAUUGCAAGUCAGGAGGAGCUGAAGAUGGCAAAGAAUAAUGAAAUUCUCAAGUCCAGGGAAAUCAUUGAUGACCUGAACAAAAAGCUUACAAACUGUUUGAGCACAAUAGAUUCUAAAAAUAUUGAACUAUCAAAUUUACAGACAGCUCUUGGACAGUACUAUGCUGAAAUUGAAGCCAUGGAACAUUUAGAAGAAGAGUUAGCCCGGGCAAGAGAAGAAAUAACUAAGCUUUCUCAACUGCUGAAAGACGCAGAUCAAAGAGCGGAUGCAUCAAAGACUGAAAAAGAAGAAAUUUUGGCCAAGCUUUCCCAAUCUGAGAAGGCACAAAUUGAAUGGAAAAGUAGAGUAAGCAAGCUUGAGGAAGACAAUGCCAGAUUGAGGCGAGCUGUUGAGCAGAGUAUGACACGGUUAAAUAGAAUGUCGGUGGAUUCAGAUUAUCUUGUUGACAGGCGCAUUGUUAUAAAAUUGCUUGUAACUUAUUUUCAGAGAAGUCACAGCAGAGAGGUUUUGGAUCUAAUGGUCCGCAUGCUAGGAUUCUCUGAUGAAGAUAAACAAAGGAUAGGUGUUGCUCAGCAAGGUGCCAGCAAAGGUGUUGUUCGAGGAGUUCUUGGGCUGCCUGGCCGUCUGGUUGGAGGCAUCUUGGGAGGAAGUUCGUCUGAAGCAGCAGCAAAUGCAGGAUCUGAUAACCAGUCCUUUGCAGAUCUGUGGGUGGAUUUUCUUCUCAAGGAAACAGAAGAAAGAGAGAAGAGAGAAUCAUCAGUAAAUACAGGUACAUCCACUGAAAAUUCCAGUAAUAAAAGUCCAAAUACUAUUUCUGCUACUCCCCCACUUCCCAAUCAGAGGUUUGGAUCUGUUCCACUUCCACCACUUCCUAAUCAGAGGUUUGCAUCUUCUUUUCCAAUAACUUCAACUAAUCAAAACAUCAGUCUUCUUCCUCCUAGCUAUUAUCAGCGUCCUGAAAAUUUUGGUUCCGAAUUCUCAACCGUUCCUCUUACACCAUCUGAAGCCAAACCUACUGGUUUAAACCAGCUUCCGAGAUUCUGAUAUAGACACCGGAUCUUGCACUUAAUCUAAGGUAUAUAUAAUUGUUUGUAUAAUGGUAGGCAUGUAAUCUUGUUCAAUUAUCUCUUUCUCAGUCAAGAUGAGAGUUCUUUUCACAAAAGGGGCCCAGGGGGAACUUCUAAAGUUUUUUGUUUUCAUUGCCUUCAUUAUCUCGCUAUUCUUGUGUGCAUUCACAUAUAAUUUUGAAAGAAAAAAAUCCUGGUGUAUAUGUCUAAUAAUAUCAUUCUAUUUCUUCAAUUUAUAUAACUUAAACUAGUCUGUAGCUAUAAUAUGUUCUCUAUUUUAUAAUGCAUAUUCAUUUUUGACAAAAUGUUUCAUGUGCAUAUACAUCAUAUAAUUAUAAUCUAAUCUUAUGGUAUUGAAUUCAGCAAAUGUUUUCAAACUUCAUCUAAUAAUUUGAUAGAAACACGCUUCAUGUGUAUGCUUCUACCAGAAAAAAAGCUUCAUGUGUAAGCAUGUCAUGAGAAUAUAUGCUGGGAAAGUAGUCAGCCUAAAAUUUCAG